AUGGAGUACAGAAGUGAUCAGAUCCCAAUGGCUCCUCGCACGGUUCAGGUGGUGCCUGACGUGCUCCCCGUCCGUGAUCACCUGCCCUGGUCCAUCUUCAACUUUCUCUACAUGAAUUUCUUCUGCUUGGGCUUAACUGCCAUGGUGUUUUCGAUUAAGUCUAGAGAUCGGAAAGUAGUUGGUGACAUCGAAGGAGCUCAGCACUAUGGAUCUACAGCAUGGUCACUCAAUAUUGUAGCCACUGUGAUUGGUGUUCUUUCCAUCGUAAUCACCAUUACAGUGGUAUUUAUUCAACUGCAUUCGGCAAUAAAUCACCGUUAUUAUUAGCAUGAUGCGAUUACAUGCCUUGAAGUAAAAGGACGAAUGAUGGUCACAGCAGUUUAUUGGUCAUGGAGCUUGUGAUGGAGCUGUUUAACUUUUUUGAUGCAUUGUUUACUAUUGCUUACUUUGUCUGUAAUCUUUAUGGAGGCCUGAUAUACUUAAUCAACUGGCCACAAUAUAGAUCUCUUCUAUAAAAUGGGGACAAUAUAUGGCUUGGAUGUUAUUAAUAAAGUAAUUGA